UGCCUGCCCGCCCGACUGACUGACUGACUGACUGAUGGAGGGGACCCGACGGAUGGAAAGAGGCUUCGAGAAGGUGGCUUUGCGACAUGCAACGCAACCGAUGAGCGAGCUGUCGCCGUGAGCCGAGCACAGCCAGCCAUCGAGACAGAUCCCCAAUCAUCCUCUAACCUCUGACCCGUCUCUCUUUCUCUCCGUUGACACCCCAGGUCAACGUCUCCCGAACCAAGAGACCGCAUCCUGGGUCUUGGGUAUUUCGUGGCUUCUCAUCCAGGCGUCUCCCACGCACGAGCUUCUUACUCCUACUGCUGCUUCAUACAUUACCCUCGACCCCCGCCAUCGAGACAACGGCCGCGCAUCAACCGCCGGCGGCCACGGUGUGGCUUCGCGCCUCUUCGACUGUUCCAUCCACCAAACCUCUCCGUUUCUCGCUUACCCUCUUCUCGUCCUGCUCGCGUUGACCCUUCCGCCGCCCGCGCCAUGUCGUCGCACGUCGUCGUCAUCGCCACCGACCUCCGGCGCACGACCGUCAAGGUCUCGCCGGGGACCUACCUUAUCGACGUGCUCCAGGAGGCCUGCACCAAGCUCAACCUCUCCGGCGACAAGUUUUUGCUAAAACACAAGCAGAAGCAAGUUGACCUCUCCGUCCCCUUCCGCACCUCGGGCCUCAUCCCCGGCGCCAAGCUCGAGCUCGUCGUAAAGUCCAACACGCCCUCGGCCGUCCAGAUUGCCCUGCAAGUGCCGCAGCCCGAGGCGCGCGAGAUUCCCGGCGGGCGCCUCAUCCGCAAGUUCCCUUCGGACAUGACGCUGUGGCAGGUGCUGCGCCAGUUCGAGAGCGGCGACGCCAGCGCCGGCAGAAACGUCAACAUCACCGCCCGCGGCGUCGCAGGCGCCGUCACGAGCGGCAGCGGCCAGCUGUACUACGAGAUGCCCGUCCUCAACAUCAUGGGCCGGGAGCUCGCCACGUUUCACGACUUCCAGAAGACGCUGUCGCAGCUCGGGCAUAACUCGGGCAACGUCUUGGUGCGGCUGUCGUACCGCAAGACUGACCAGACGUUGUUCGAAGCCAUGGAACAGAUAAGUCAGUUCUUCAAGCAUACGGAGGAGCAAGGCAAGAAGGAGGAGGGGGCGGCGGCGGCGAGCGCCGCCAAGGUUGAGUCUCAGCAAGAGUCGCAUGAGCAGAGGGAGGACACAUUGAUGGCCAACGCUGCGGCACAGCCUCCCGCUUCCACCACCGAGCCACAGGUUCCUCCACCACAGCAACAGCAACAGCAACCUCCAGACUCUUCAACCACGACGGGUCAAUCAACGCCCCAAGACUCAACGCCGAGCAGCGACGCCUCUCAUUCCAAGGAUCCCUACCAACCCGUCUCCGUUUUUCUCGCACCCUCUGGCAACGUCCCCGCUGCGGCCCUCCACGCCUCCGAGUCCGAGUCCGAUUUCACCCCCAGCAUCGCGCACGCGCAGCUGCAUCAGGCCCGCUUGCAGGAGUCUUCCCGCAACAAGCGGCUGCUUUCUGACAAGGAGCUCGAGGACAGGGCUGCGGCCGAGGAGGCCCGCCUCACGGCCAUCAAGUCUGUGCUCGUCAAGGUGCGGUUUCCAGACAACACGAGCAGCGACUGGCAGGUCGGCCCGCGGGAGACGGGCGCUUUCCUGUACGAGGCGGUCCGGCAUGUCAUGGCAGACGCUCAAUACCCUUUCCACCUCGUCCUACCCGGCGGGAAGACGGUCAUACAAGACGACGUGGGCCCCAAGCACACCCUCAUCAAAGGAUACAAGCUGUCGGGACGCGUCCUCAUCAACCUGGUCUGGGACGACGCCGUGCCCCCACAGGUGCGCAAGCAACCGUUUCUCAAGACGGCGGUGGCCCGGCAGGGACGGACCGUCAAGAUCCCCGAGGUGCCCAAGGCUGUCGACGACGGCAAGGCGGCACAUGCACAGCAGCAGCUGGGCAAGGUAGAAAAGGGCGAGGGCUCAGGCGAGGGCGGCGCUGGCGGCAAGAAGAUGCCCAAGUGGUUCAAGUUUGGGAAGAAGUAGGGCGCCAGGCGCGCGCGCAUGAUGCUCGUCGAUUAGGGGUGUGAAGAUAACGGGGCGAGGGUUUUCUGGGAAGCAAGCGAUGUUGGUUGUAUUGAGCAUGGAUACUGGCGUUGCGACCGUGGACGGUACUGUCAUGGUGAAAUAGAAUCCCUAGACUAUGAACUGAGCAUGGACGAUGCCGUCAUGGUGUAC